AUGCCUCCUAAACCAGAAAUGCGAGCUCCUGCGGAGGUUGUGGAAAUCGGGAGUAGUGAUGACGAAGAUGUUGUGGCAGUUGUUGCGAGGAAGCAACCGCAGAAAAUACCUCACUCGCUGUCGCAGCAGCGGAGUUCUUAUUCAGUUCCUCGUAGUACGCCUGGCCACCAGGGUUUAGACUGCCGUAACUUCUGGAAAGCUGGGGGCGCUGAUGUUAUUCCUGUUGUUAGGAAGGCUCCCGCGUCAGGGGAGCUGGAGCAUGCUCGGGUUCAUCCCAAGUUUCUACAUUCAAAUGCCACUUCACAUAAAUGGGCUUUUGGAGCUAUUGCAGAGCUCUUGGAUAAUGCGGUUGAUGAGAUUCAAAAUGGUGCAACCUUCGUGCAAGUGGAUAAAGUAGAAAUCUCAAAGGAUAAAUCUCCUGCUUUGCUUUUCCUAGAUGAUGGUGGUGGGAUGACCCCUGAAGGUAUCCGUAAAUGCAUGAGUUUGGGCUAUUCUUCAAAGAAAUCAAAGACGACAAUUGGACAAUAUGGUAAUGGAUUCAAGACAAGUACCAUGCGACUUGGUGCCGAUGUUAUUGUUUUUACCCGUGCUACUUCUGCCAGCAAAGCAACGCAAAGUGUGGGUCUCUUAUCAUAUACCUUCUUGCGGAGAACAAGUCAGGAUGACGUUGUUGUUCCAAUGAUUGACUUUGACAUCUCUGGCCAUUGGGCUGAACCAAUUAUAUUCAGCUCACAGGAUGACUGGUCUUCUAACUUGAAAACCAUCCUUGAGUGGUCUCCUUUCACAUGCAAAGAGGAGCUACUGGAACAGUUUGAGGGUAUUGGACGGCAUGGAACAAAAAUAUUAAUAUACAACUUAUGGCUGAAUGAUGAGGGUGUGUAUGAGUUGAGCUUUGACGACGACGAUGAGGAUAUAAGGUUGAGAGACGAAGUUAAUCGUGGGGGUCAGGCAAAGCUACACAAAAGAGUAGUUGAGCUUCAGUCUCAUGUUUCUUACCGUCUUCGCUUUUCAUUGAGGGCUUAUGCAUCAGUACUGUACUUAAGAAAAUUCACAAACUUCAAGAUAAUAUUAAGGGGGAAGCCUGUAGAGCAGUACCAUAUUGCCAAACAUUUGUUAUCUCCCAAAAAAGUCAUUUACAAGCCUCAGAUGAGAACGGGUAUCAAUGAGGUUGUUGUCGAAGCCACCCUAGGAUAUAUUCCAGAGGCACCUUUCCCAGUGAGUGGCUUCAAUGUAUACCAUAAAAAUCGCCUUAUCAGGCCUUAUUGGAAAGUCACUGCUGAAGGUUCUUCAAAGGGAAAUGGCGUUGUGGGGGUCCUUGAGGCGAACUUCAUAGAGCCAGCACAUGAUAAACAAGAUUUUGAGAGAUCUUCUGUGUUUAUUAGGCUCGAGACGAAGCUGAAACAGAUUUUGAUGGAAUACUGGAAUGCCCACUGCCAUUUAUUUGGUUAUCAAUCUCCCGCUGAGCGGACAAUGAAGUAUUAUGCCAAAACACAGAAGCCACCGCCCACUAACCAGCUUGACACUGAUCUUUCAUCUUCUUCUGCUCAUGAAAUGAACCACAAUCCACCUCUUCAGCAUCCCAGUUACAAUGAACUCGGGAAGAGUGGUCCAAUUGGUCUACCGACAGAACCACCAGUUACUGGGAUUGCUUCUGGAGCAGGUGAUCAAGUCAAAGUCCAGGAUUCCGGAUCCCAGUCAGUAGAAGCGCUAUGUGAAGAUAACAUACAACUGUUUAUGAGGUGCGAGGAACAACGUCUGCAGGAGAUUGAAUUGAAACAGAAGGUUGAGGAACUAGAAAAACAGGUGGAACAAGCGAAGAGGAAAUGUGCUCAACUUGCUGCUCAUUUGGAGACGAGAAGGAAGCAACAGACUCCUCAAGUUCUAUAA